AUGAGCGCGAAAAUGGUAGCCCGCAGCAUGCCUUACUACCAGGGGAAACAGAGCGAUGACGAUUUCCAGCGGCACAACGCCAAUCGCCAUCGCCGCGAAGAAAGCGGUCAAGACCGAUGGGAACAGAGUGACGACGACAAUUCCAGCGGCACAACGCCAAUCGCCAUCAUCGCGAAGGAAGCGGACAAGACCAAUUUGGGCAACAGGUUGUCCGAGACGACGCUGGCGUGGUGCUGUACGCUAUGCGAAGUCAGAAAACGCAGCAUGACGAGUGCUCUUAUCUCCUGCGGUGCGUUGGGCCCUACGAGCCCCGAGAUGGACAGUGGGUGA